CAUGGUCCGGAGAGCUGAAGGCUCUGUUGGUUCUUGUGCCCCGCAACGCCGUCGGAGGGCCGGCGGGGAGGGCGACCCUGCAGCAGUCGCAGGGCAGGGCUGGAGGGCGCGGACCCGCAGAGCAACUGCCCGCGAACAGGAAUUCGCUUGGGGGCCUGCGGGCGGGAGGCGGCCAGAUCAAAGGCAGCCGCCCGCUGGGCCGAGACUGGUCGGGGCUCGCGGAGGAGCCCCCUCUCCCGGGAGCGGACCCCGGCAGCAGCACGCGCGCCCCCGCCCCGCGCGCUCCCGCGCCGCCCGGUCGCCCCUCGCGAGCCCCGCGCGCUGACGCGGCCCCGUCCGCGCCGCGCUUCCUGCGGGGCCGCCGGGAGGAGGCAGGCCGGGCGCUGCAGGUUCGCGGGAGCGGGUCGGGAGGCGCGGAGGCGCGGGGCGGAGCAGCCUCGGGGGGGCCAUGCCUCGGGUCCGGAUCCGAGCGGGGCUGCUCGGCGUCGUGCUGCUGACGGCGCUGCUGGCCGCGGGGCGAGGGCUGCCCCUGAGGAAGCCGCGGGGCCCCGGGCCCCCGCCCCCGAGCCGCGCGAGGCUGGCGGAGGUCUUGGCCUCCCUAGAUCCCAGCUCUCCUGGGGAAGAGGAAGGGAAACCACUGCCCCCCAGGACCCGCCUCCAGGCAGGACCACGCCAGCACAGACACCGGGCUCUCCCUGAGCCAGCAGCCCGGACCCUGGACGAGGCCUCGGCUGCCAGGACUCUGGAGAACAUUCCCUUGCUGCUGGAGCUACAGAAGCUGCCAGGGCUGGCCAACACAGACCUGAGUGCCCUGAACCCCAAUAUCCAGGUGACUCUCGAGGUGGUAGAGGACCCCCAGACUGAGGUGGAGAUGGACCUGCUGGCCAAGCCCAGCAAUCACUGGUCCCAGGGCACCCCCAGCUGGCUGCCCACCAGGGAGCUUUUCUGGCCCCUAUUCUGGGGCUACUUGGAGGGCGAAGGGGGAAGAACAGGUGUCAAGGGCAGAGCCCCUGGGGAAGAACAGGAGGAGGAAGAGGAGGAGGACUACCCUGCAGAGUACAGUGAAAACGAGGACCAGGAGGGCCGUGAUGAGGACGAGGAUGACGAGGAGGAGCCUGGGUUCAGUGGGACUACAGGCGGCUGGGAGCAGGGCUGGUUGGCCCCUGGGGACUGGGCCUUCAAGGAACUGGACAGCUAUGACAAUGAGCUUCAAGAGGAGUGGAGCCCCUGGUCUCCCUGUAGUGGACGGCCCUGCAGCUCUGCCUGCACUGCCUCCAAGUCCCAUGCCUGCGACCUGCCCCCAUCCUGCCUAGCCUCUCUUCCUGAAGGCACUGAGGACAAGGACCUCUUGGGCUUCCCCAGUGAGGGGUGGCAGCCCGCAGCCCAGAGUGCUCCAGAUGUGCUGGGAGAUGUGGACAGCUGUGAGAAGUGGCUGAACUGCAAGAGUGACUUCUUGGCCAAGUACCUGAGCCAGAUGCUCCGGGACCUGCCCAGCUGCCCAUGCGCAUACCCACUGGAGGCCAUGUACAGCGCCGUGAGCCUGCAGGACAAGCACCAGGGCCGCAGCUUCCAGUGGAGAGAUGCCAGUGGCCCGCGAGAGCACCUGGAUGUAUACCAGCCCACAGCACGCUUCUGCCUGCGCUCUCUGCUAUCCACGGAGAGCAGCACGCCGGCCGCCCAGCACUGCUGCUAUGACACAGGCAGCCGGCUGCUGACCCGAGGCAAGGGUGCUGGCGCACCUGACCUUGUCAGCACCGACUUCUCGCCAGAGCUGCACUUCAAGGUGGACACACUGCCCUGGAUCCUGUGUAAAGGGGACUGGAGCCGCUACCAUGCUGUGCGCACCCCCAACAAUGGCCAGGCGUGUGCUGACAACCCUCCCGAGGAGGAGUACCUGGCCCAGUUGGAAGAGGCCAAGGAGUACUAGUGAGGGGGCCACUGUGCUGAAUUGCCUCGCAGGCCUCAUACCCCUCCUCUGUCCAGACCUCAUGAGGCCGGUCUGGGUGGACCCAAGGCAGGCCAGCACCCUGGGAGUCAGUGUGGGGUUGGGACAGGUUGAAGGGUUUCGGGCCCAGGGUGAGGGAGGGAGCUCAGUUCCCGCGGCCCCUGGGGAUGCCUGGGAAUGUGCGUCUGUGAAGCCCUCCCUCUCCUGCCUGCUGGACUCGCUGCCCCACCCUGGCCACUCACUUUCCUUCUUUCCCUCAGAGCUGGGAUCUUCUCCCCGGCUCUGUGCACAGGUGUGAGCUGGGCUCUCCAGACACACCCUGCUUCCCAGGACCUGCAGUGAAUCAGUCAGACCCAGCCCCGAGGGCCAGUCCCUUCAGCCCGCCCACAGCUUCCUCUUGCCAGGCUGCCAGCCAGCCCCAGGUGAGCAGCACUCCUCUCUCAGUGGCUGCACAUGGCCUCCUUGCACCAUGCGCUGCUGGGAGCCACCAGGAGCUGGUUAGCCUCAGCUCCGGGCUGCCUUUCUGUGGACGCCACUGUAGGGCUGAAGACCAUCAGCGAACAGACAGGCUGAGGUAGCCGAGACACGGCUGGCUGCAGGUGGGGAAUGGAUCAACCAAUUCCGGUCCCCUUCUUUGUUCUAAGUGGUAGGAUUGUGCUGGGGGAGGUGGCACUGCCCUGAGUGGGUGGGCUCAGAACUGGCUGGGGAGGAUGUCACAUGGCCAUGGUGAGCUGGUAAACCUCUUCUCUGUUGGUGUGGGGGGAUGCUUUGGUUUGUAGCUUUUGGGCAAUUUCUGGGGUGUAAGUACUCCCACCGUGGCCCACUUCAGGCUCCCCAGGUGAUGUCACUGAAUGCACUGAGCUCAGAAUUAGGCAGAGAUGCACAUAACUGCCCCCACCCCCAGCACACCUCAUGCCCCUUCCCUGCCUCCUUGUGCCCCCUGUCACACUUCUUGCCUUCUGUGGGAUUGAAAUGCUGAGGUCCCACUGUCCCUGUUCACAAAAGCCUCCAAAGUUAAGGGACUUCAGUCCUAGCCCCUAGACAGCUGCCCCGAAGCUCUGCGGGAUCCUUAGUAAUAAAGCACUUUAUUUGAAAAUUCUGUCUGAUGAAGAAUUUGGGGUCCUAGCAGAGCAGAAGGGUGUAGGGGGCCCUUGCUUACAGUCCAAGCCCAGCUCCCAUGGGUUUUGUUUAUGACUACCCAACCCAGCUGGGCAGGCAAGGCUCCUGGGGCAGAGGUCAAACGGUAAACAUGUUAUCCCUGCUCUCAGUGGUGAGGGCCUGGGAGGCAGAGGGAAGCUGGCUGGACCUCAGGGCACAUGCACUCUGUUCUUUGGUCAGAGAUGUAAACUGCAUGUAUUCUGAGUAAGUGGCUCCACUGCCCCAAGUAACUUGCUACAAAGGGUCCAGUUUAGUUGCCCACAGGACUAUAGGAUGACAAAGAUGGACAGGUACCUGGCUUAGUUGGUAUCCUUAUGAGACACUCCACUGUCACUCCUGGCAUUUGGGAAAGGACAGAGACAUAUCAAAGGAUGAGACAAGGCGUCUCCAGAGCCACCACCUGGAGAGAGCCAGAUGUUUCCAAUUACCAUCACUCCUCGAGGUAGGUUUAACGGUCUGGAUUUGGACCACAGUCUAAAAUUAUUCUGGUGCAACUAGAAUAUUACAGGGUCAGAAAGACAGGAUCUCAGGUCACCUGAUGGGGUCCAAGUUCACUCCUUUCCUAUUGUUUGGGAAAUUCAAUACAACUAGCACAAGCAUGCUUUAAGUAUUUUUCAGCAGAAUUUUUUUUUUUAAUGAGACAUCCGAGUCCGUUUUCACAGGUAACUGCUAAAUUCUUUCUGAUUAUCUUACCAUAAACACACCGUCUAAAUUUAA